CAUUAAACCUUGUGCUUCUAUACAUUAAAGUUUUCAACCAUACAACCACUUAUAGUUGGGAAUACAAAUAAACAACUAUAUAAAGUCCAACAUCCUCACUUUUCUUUCACAACCAAAACAAGUGUGAUCAAACAAGGAAAGAAGCUAUAAACUCAUAAAAAGAAUGUCUCUAAUCACAGAAGAGAUCAAAGCCAAAGCUGAUGAGCUCUACUAUGGAGAUGAGAUGUGCCAAAUCAAAUCAAGGGAGCUGCUCAAAGAAAUGGAUCUUCCAAAUGGGCUGUUGCCAAUGAAAGACAUGGAGGAAUGUGGGAUUGUGAAAGAGACGGGGUUUGUUUGGCUGAAGCAGAAGAAGAGCUAUACUCAUAAGUUUAAAGACAUUGAUAGGUUGGUUACUUAUGGCACAGAAGUUACAGCCUAUGUGGAGAAAAACAAGGUUAAGAAGCUUACUGGAGUUAAGGCUAAGGAGCUCAUGAUUUGGCUCCCACUCUGUGAUAUCUAUGUUAAUCAACCACCAAACGGGAAAAUCACGUUCAAGUCUACGACUGGACUGUCGAGAACUUUCCCUGUGUCAGCCUUUCAGGUUGAAGAAGACGUCAAGGUUGUGGGAGAGAAGGAGAACAAAGAGAAGGAGAACAAAGAGAAGAAAGUAGUGAAUGGAGCCGCAGCUGCUGCAGCUAUAGAGGUGAAGGAGGUCUGAGUUUAGUUCUUUAAAAUUUCAAGGGGCUCUCUCUUCCUCUUUACUACUGGUUUGUUUUUGGCUCAAUAUGUUCGCUAUAUGUUCUUUUUUUCUUUUUUUAUGUUGAAAGUUUGUUUUAUUGAAUAAACAUUGGUAUGAAGUUUACGUA